AUGUCUACUGAAGAAACUAAACAACCUAUUGAAGAAAGAAUUUACAUUGGAAAUGUCGAUUACAAGGCGGACGAAGAAGAAUUAAAGCAAUUCUUCGAUGGAUUAAAAGUCACCGAAGUUGAUAUUCCCAGCAAAACAUUCACCCGUGGGAAGAAAACCAUCGAUAAGCAUCUCGGAUUUGCAUUUGUUCAAUUUGAGGACAAGGCAGAUGCUGAUAAGGCGAUUGAGGAUUUCAAUGGGAAGGAAUUCAAGGGGAGAAACAUCUAUGUGAAGAAGGCGGUUCCACCGCCAACAGAAGAAGAAAAGCAACAGAAAAUCGAUGCAUUCAGGGCCAAGAAGGCGGAACAGAAGGCCAAGAAGGCGGAACAGAAGGCCAAGAGGGCUGAAGAGAAGGCCGAGAAGACAGAAAAAGAAGAUCAAGCCACGAAGUCUGAUGAGCCCCUGACGAAGGAAGCAAAUGGCGAGGCAAAGCCUAAGAAGACCAAGAAGAAGGCCGCUAAAAAGGCUGACACGCCUGAUGGCACUACCCCAGACGCAGCAACCUCGAGUGAAGACCCAAAGGAUAAAAUCCCAGACGGUAAGGCAUCGGCCGACACCAUCUUCAUCACCAAUUUGGAUUACAAGGUUGAUGUCAAGACCUUGAACAGUCUUUUCAAAGAAUUGAAACCAAAGUGGAUCCAUGUUCCUACCAGAAGAGUACCAUUUCAUAUCCUUAAGAGACAAAAGAGUAAGGGUAGAACUGUCUUUAAUAAGGGUAUUGCAUUCGUCAAGUUUUCGAACGAGGACUUGCAAAAGCAAGCGAUUGCCGACUUCAAUGGUAAGGAAUUAAACGGUAGAGAAAUCAUUGUGGACAUUGCCAUAGAUGCCAGAAUCCCAAAGCCUGACACAGAAGAACAAAACUUGCAAGAAGAAGUCUCUCAAGAUGAAAAGCAAUAA